AUGUCAGCUUAUGAAGAUGUCGUAUCUUUCUUAGGGGAGUGGGGAGCCUUCCAAAAGACGGUUUUCUUUUUGUUGAGCGCCAGCAGCAUUCCCAACGGAUAUAUGGGGUUGGCUGCAGUCUUUCUCGCCGACACACCUCCACAUCACUGCAGACUUCAGCCUGAAAACGCAGGCAGGAACGCCAGUGAGCUAAACCAGUUCAUACCCUUGCAGGAGUUUGAGGGUAAAGCUGCUCUCAGCAGUUGUACCCGUUACAAACAGCUCAACAAAUCCUCCACUGGAACGCAAAAUGCCACCGAGGGAUGCCUGAAUGGAUGGGAGUUCAGCUCUGAUAGGUACACUUCCACCAUUGUAACGGAGUGGAAUUUGGUGUGUGAAGAUGCUUGGAAAGUGCCUUUCGCCACCUCUGCCUUAUUCUUUGGAAUGCUGACAGGAACAUUCAUAUCUGGACCUAUUUCUGACAGAUUCGGAAGGAAGCUUGCGCUCUUUGCUAGCCUGGCAAUGCAGAUUGUCUUCACUUUACUGCAAGCUGCUUCAAACCGAUGGGAGCUGUACUGCAUUUGCUACUUCUUAGGAGGAAUGGGGUCCACAGCCAAAUACAAUGCUGCGUUUGUCCUCGGGUAUGAGCUGCUUGGUAAGUCCCCGCGCGUGGUGUUCUCAGCGCUGGGGAUCAGCCUGUGCUACGCGGUGGGCUGCGCCGCACUCCCUCUCUUCGCCUUCUUCGUGCGGGGCUGGAGGAUGCUGCUCCUGGCCCUCGCCCUGCUCCAACUGCUCUGCGUCCCCAUGUGGUGGUUCAUCCCAGAGUCUCCACGGUGGCUCCUGUCCCAUGGGAGAUUGCAGGAGGCGGAGGCCAUCGUUCAGGCUGCGGCCAAGAGGAACGGCGUCCUGGCACCCUCGGUCAUAUUCACGUUAGACGACUGCACCCCCUUGAAUGGAAGCAAUAAGAAGCUUCAACAGUUAUAUCUUAAUCUUUUCAAAACAAAGGACAUCAGGAACAUCACUGUCCUUAACCUCAUUAUAUGGAUGGUGACGGCCAUGACGUACUCCGGCGUCUCCCUCGGCAUUCCCAACCUGGACGGCAACCCCUACCUCAACUGCGCCUUCUCCGCGGCCACGGAGAUGGCGGCCUACGCGGCGGCGUGGUUCGUCAUGCGCUGCUGCAUGCGCCGCUCCUCCCUCUUCGUCAUGCAGCUCCUCUGCGGCUUCACGCUGCUGGUCGUCCAGCUCAUCCCCUCAGAGCUGAGCAGCGUGGCCGUUGCUGUGGUGAUGCUGGGGAAGCUGGGCACGUCGGCGGCCUUCUGCUUCCUGUACACCUACAGCACGGAGCUGCUCCCCACUGUGGUGCGCAAUGUGGGGCUGGGAGCUGCCUCCAUCUCGGGCUGCAUCGGCAGCAUCGUCGCCCCCUACAUCACCCACAUGGGAGAAUUUAACAAAUACCUACCCUAUAUCCUUAUGGGGGGCCUCAGUGUCUUUGUGGGUUUCCUCGGACUGCUGCUUCCUGAAACUAAAGACACCGAACUUCCAGAACAUAUCAGCCAAGUGAAACCCCUCAGAUGUGCAUCAGUAGUGAGGGGGGAGAAUGGGGUGGGGUCUUUGAGCGAGCAAGGUCCACCGCGCCUCACCCGCGCCGGGAAGGCGCCCGCUCCCCGCGGACGGCUCCUUCUGGCCUCGCAGGAAUGUGGUGGCUCUGGACCGGCCUUCUGA